GGACACCGGCGAACGGCGGCAGCCUGGCAGGCCCGCGAGUUCCCCGCCAGCCAUGGAGGCACCAGCCGCGGUGGCGAGGCUGCCCAACCACCGCGUUGUGCAGCGCCUCGCGCCGCCGCCCCGACCGCCCCCGGCGCCGGACGAGCAAGCGGACGCGCUCACCUCCACCGUCUGCGUCGCGCUCACCCUCGUAGUAAUGUUCGCCCUGAUGGUGACGCUUCAAAUCUACCUCGUGGAAUCGUCCACUAUCCAGGACUUACUCGGCUUUAAUAUGAGCUUCAACCCCGAUACACUGUUCGUUUCCAACGCCACGAGCCAGCCACGACCGCCUGCCACUGCCAGCGCCAGGACACCGCGCAUCAAGACGACAGUUUCUUCGCCGGGCCGCAAGACCGCGUCGUCACGACACAAGGGCCUCGGUGCGGGGCAGCUUGGCGACCCGCCGACGCGCGGAAGCGUCCGCGCCAUCGAGCCGCAAUCCACGGCAGCUGAGGAGGCGCCCACCACCACAACUCCGGCAUCUUACACGCUCUGGCCGGACGUGAUGUACCACCGGUACCGGUCAGUGUGCAUGUACAAGGCACGACGCAAGACGCGCUCGCGGGCCGGCCGCAACUUCGGCAUCGACGUCCUCCCCUACCACCUGUGCACAGACGCCGUGUACUGCUGCGCCGGCAUCAACGCGUCCGACGCCACCAUCAAACCGGGCGACGCGACGGUGGACGUCUUCCGGCACGGCUGGCGCAAAUUCAGUCAGCUAAAGAGCAAGAACUCCUUCCUUCGCAUCUGGAUUGCGGUGGGCGGUCGAGACGGGGGUGAAGCGAGUGAGGAGGACCGGGGCGCCUACAGCAAGAUAACGCGCGAGGAAUCACUCGCGUCACUGUUCGUGGCGAACGCGGUCGACUGGCUCGAGGCGCAGUCCUUCGACGGCCUGAUGCUCUACUGGAAAUUCCCGGAGAUUCACGAGAUGAACGGGCUCAUCGACCUGCUGCGCAUCAUGCGCGCAUCAUUCCGGCGCCUGGACCAUUCCGUGGGCGUCAUCGUGCCACUCGACCACCGGCUGCGCGAGCGCUUCGACAUGCGCGAUCUGGUCGAUCUCAUGGACGACUACAGCAUCCUCGUCGACCCCACCGAGCCCGUGCCGCCCACCUACGGAAAGACGGCCCUCAAGUGGACUCAGGACGUCGUUGAGCGCUACGCCGAGGCCUUCCGCGAGACGCAGUACACGGUUCGCGGCCAUCGCCGCAGCGGACGCUUCCAGCUCUGCUACCCUCUCGACGUCACGUCCACGUCGUACACGUUGUUUGCCACCGACGCCGAAGACAACACGACCGACGAAGGCGUCGAGUCCUCGGGUCCCGGACAGGAAGGCCGCAGCACGCGUUCGCCGGGCCGACUCGCCUACGACGAGCUGUGCCUUCGACAUCGCUGGGACGCGACGCAAGACCGUCCGUACUGCCGGGUGGCUCUGUACGGGAACCAGUGGAUCUCGCACCCGACGCCUCCCUCGCUCGAGGCGUUCGUGCGAGCGCUCAUGAAGGUGACCGGCGGCACCCGAUGCCUAGGCAUCUGGGACCCCUUCUGGGACGAUUUUGCCGGACACUGCGGCCAAGGGACUUAUCCCUUGGUCCAAACUAUUUUCAAUACGGAGCGCGCUAUAGAGAAGGCGACGAGGCGCCCACGCGCCACGAACAAUACCGGUCGCGGCUGAAGGGACACGCUUGAGCAGUGUUUGCUCAUCCAGACUUGUUCACCCGAGCGCCUGCGCGCGCAUCUUGCAAUGCGUUAUUUUUUGUUUUCCUUGAAUAUUUUGUUAUGUUUGCUU